AUGCCUUCCGGAUAUCGUCCAAACGGGAUGAUUCAUCCCACUAAUGGCCAUAUAAGUGAAUUUUCCGCGUACGACAAUAAAGGAUUCCAAAGCAAUGGUGUUCCAAAAGUGCGCUCCUGGAUGAACGGAACGGAUCAUAAUUCGACGUUGUCCAGACCGCGUUCUGCUGAAGUUAUCACAGCCAAUGGUAUUAAUGGUAUCAACGGUGUUAAUGGUACGAUUCCAAAUGGCCGUCCACAUAAUGGCAUCAAUGGAAUCAAUGGGAUAGUCACACGGGGUCCUGGUGGUUUACAUGAGGACCUAGAAUUUCCACCGACCACAAGGACACUAUCCAAGAAGAAGCAAAUUGUUUGGAUGAGGCCGCAUGAUAUGUGCGGUCGUCCACAGUUUCGAUUAUCACCUCCGGGUACUCCGCUGUCUGCACGAGAGUUACCGGAACCAGUUGGACCGGGAGAUCCCAGUUUACUAGCAGCGCUCGGUUGCCUAUCUCAAUUGCCAAGGCUGUUGGAACGAGUUGUACCACCGGAACAGACUUUUGAUACAUCAAACGGCUACUGUGGAAUGUUCAAAUUCCGAUUCUGGCAGUGGGGUAAAUGGAUCGAGGUGCGCGUAGACGACCGGCUUCCGACACGUGGUGAUCGACCUGCUCACAUGCACUGCUCGCAACCGGAUGUAUUCUGGGCUGCCCUAUUGGAGAAAGCUUAUGCCAAAUUAUAUGGAGGAUAUGCGUUCCUAAAAUUCGGAACAGUCGGCCGUGCGUUGCAGGAUCUUACGGGGGCGGUCGUGCAAAGUGUACCACCGAGUGGGCCACUGCUGGGAGGAGCUGUGCCAAGAUCAACGUUGUUGGUCGCAAUCAGCGGAGUGGAAAAAGAAACAAAACGGCGCCGCUCUGGAUUACUAUCGGAGCAUCCAUACAGCGUGACAGGGCUAGCGAGGGUACGUGCCAAUUCUUCCGAUUCAUCGCAAGCCAGUGGACAAUCAGGCGAUACCAGCUUGAUCAGACUUCGAAGUCCAUGGAUCGGCGGUGAGUGGGGCGGAGUUUGGUGCGGCGCUUGGUCGGAACGUAGCUGGGAAUGGAACGCAUUGAACGAACGAGAUCGAGAGCUGCUGUCUUCAAGGUCGUCAAAUGAUUGUGAAUUUUGGAUGUCCGUCGGCGAAUUCUUAUCCCGAUUUGUGGUGAUUUGGUUGGCACAUAUCGGGCCGGAUGAUUGGGCGCUGGAACCAGGAUUACACACGAGAACUCCAUGGAGAGCAGCGCUGGCAGUACGUCAAUGGCGUUCCGGUUUCAAUGCAGGAGGCCCGCACAAGUUUAUCGAAACAACAGCAACAAAUCCACAGUUUAGGAUAAGAGUACCGGCGGGUCAUCCCGCUAAAGCGCACGUAGUAGUGGCGGUGGCGCAAAAAUACGAAUGCUACCGAAGUCGAAACUAUGAAGACGACGAGAUUGGCUUCACGAUCUAUGAGGUUCCGCCGGGAAUGCAGCGUGUAACGCCACAAUAUGUCAGCGAGCAGAUGCCUUUGGAUUUCGCUCCACUGUCCAAUCUAAGGGAAAUAGCGACAUUUUUCGCGCUACCUUCAGGAGAUUUUGUAGUGAUGCCACAUUCACAGCAACAUCGGGAGGGUCGAUUUUUGCUGAGAAUUUUCGCAGACCAACACACGGAUGUCUGGGAGGUCAACGAAGAGAACUUGGUGAUUAGCAAUAUUGCGGCGGAGUUUUGCGAUGAACGGACCAUCGAUGCACGAAUCUUGUACAAACUUCGAGCAAGAUACCCUCACGAAAUCGAUGCAACUCAGCUGCAAUCGAUAUUGAAGGCUCAUGGUGGCAAUAAUCGUGGCUUUCGAGGUCUAGGCGGAAUUAACUGUGGGCCCUCUUUGGAACUGUGUCGAGGACUGUUGGCCCUACGUGAUCCAGCAUUGGGAGGUCGGCUGUCAAUCGAACACGUUCCUGCAUUGAUUGGGCUUAUGCGAUUCUGGAAGGCUGCCUUCCGACGAUGUGGACCUUCCUCUUCGGGCACAGCAACGCUGAGUCGGGGAAUUUGGGCUUCAAAAGUGUCCUCCUACUGUUUAAGGGGUUUACUGUGGGCGGGUGGAUCAACAGCUAGCAAUAAGGUAUUGGAAGCAUUAGUCAGUAGAUUCACCAGAAACCGACAAAUCACACUGGAAGGCUACUUGCUGUCGAUGGCGAGACUUCAUUUAGCUCAUGAACGAUACCAUAGCCUGGAUGCCAAAGCGAAAGCUAGCCCGUUAUCAUUGGAAGAGAUGAUACUGAUGACAAUUUACUCGUGAAAUCAAAACUUAUUUGGGGGAGAUGACUGUCAAUAAAGAACCAAAGAUAACAACGACACGCAACAUCGAAACCGGUGACAAUAGUAGCCUACU